ACUGUCACCUGGCAUUAAACUAUUAAUGUGUUUCGUGUGGGUGUAAAGAACAAAAAACAAUAAUAUUACAAUGGUCUCGACGAUGCGCUACGUCGUACGUCGUCACGGCAGAAACAAUCGAUUUCGUUACAGCGAUUGUAAUGUUAAUUAUUUAAUUUGAUGAUAUAAUAAUUAUAAUUACGUUGGCUCUGUUGCAGCAGCUUCCGCCGGAACAACGAUGACGGACGGCCGGAACGUGAUCUCGCCAAGGAUGGACUUCGAAGAGUGGACGCCGUUGGGCCGUGGCGACCCACUGAAAAACGAUCCGACGUUCGACUACCUGCCACCGGUGCUGGACAGGGUGCACUAUUGGAAAUCUCCGCCGGCGGCCACCAACCGUGCUCACUAUUACUCUUCCGCGGCCACAGCAACGCCGACCACGCCGCCGUCACAGGCUAUUCACGGCGGUUACAACCGACGGUUCUUCCUGACGGACUUCUCGAAAAGGGAACCGGUGCAGGCCGUGGCUUACGCAGCAAUAAAGCGGCCGCCGCCCAACAACAGUAUACUGCAGCCUCACCAUCAUCACCCUCACAGUCACCACCAUCCGCAGCAGCAGCAACAAAUGCAUCACCACUUGCAGACGCUGCAGGCAGUGUCCGCGGCCGGCUACCACUACUCGAUGCACCCGGCCGCGCCCGUGCCUAGGACCCCGCUGCCUAUGCUAACGCCGCCGCCGUACCAGCAGUGGUCGGCCGCGGUCGAUGGUCAGCGACAGUCGUUGUCGUCAUCGUCGUCGUCCCCGGACGUACCCGGCAACGCUGUGGCCGAGAGCAAACAACCCCCGCCGACCAUGGUCCGGGCGCCGACGCGUCUAGUCCCGCCGUCACCCAAUCACUCGUCGAUCGUCAAGGCUCUGUUGGACGACGAAGUUGACCGGACGACGGUCACGACGACAGGCACCCCUGUUACCGGUGCCGUCUGGAUGACGACAAUGAUGACGACGACGACGACGACGACUCCACCUCCACCCCCGCCGCCGUCACCGCCAACCAUCACUACGACGCCACCGGCCACUUCGACGGCCGCCCGAACCACGUCACCCGUGGCCGUGACGGACCCUCUAUUCUCGCAUUACAGGCAGUCACCGGUCACCGGCCGGCCCAUGUACCUCAUCAUACAAGGUCACUCAAAGGUCAAGACUUACGGACUAGCCAGCAAGUUGGACGAUCUUACCGCAGCCCCCGUUAUGCAGGACCACAACCACAUCGGUAACCAAGCCCCCGACGAACCGAGCCGAAGGAAACGCGACCACUACCACGGUUCUCGCCGAUAAAAAGGUCGAGUUUUCCCACACUUUUUGCAGAUUGGCUCCUGGAAAAGGCUUCGGAAAAUCCCCACGGUCGUAAUAUGGGAACAUGAUGCGAAGUAUUUUUAUAACACCUUCGUGUUCACCAAUUGUGUUUCUCCUAAUGUCGUCCUUCUUUCGAAUAGUUCCGAUUUUUUACGUUUCCGAAAUAUUUUGAUUUCUUUAAUGUAUAGUCAAAGGGUGCCGUCUUUUAGCGAUAAGCUCUAGUCCCCAUUUAUCAGUGAAGUACCUAAUGAGUAACAUUUUGGCGAGACGCAAAUUAAAUUCGAAGUAGUGAUUUCCUAUGGUUAUUAAUUAUUAUACUUUAUUAUAAUAAAUUGUCAAACAAUAAUAUUACACAAAAUUAUUUUACAUUAUAAGAUAAGUACUGAAAAUUAAAAAAAAAAUGUAAUGUCUAAGAACAGUUUUCACAGAUUAAUUAUAAGAUCUAUUUAUUAAUCAAUUUUAAUCAUAAAAUGUAUUAAAAACGAAAGAGACUUUUGUGCACAUUAUUAUAUAUAUUGUCCUGGGUUCAUAAAGUUAAUAGUUUAACACAUUUUUGAAACCCGACGUUCUAAUUUCGUUUUCAAUAAGCCAAAAUGUUCAGAUAAGUCUGCUAUUAUUCAACCGUACAAAAAGAAAAGACCUUAUUUUAAAAAAAAACAAAGUUAUUUUAUUCCUCCAUAAAUCAAAACUUCAAUUAUUCCUACGUCCCUAAUCGAUUAAAGGAUAAGACAGCGUGUGGGCAUGGUUGGUGAAUCGCCCUGUAUAUAUACGUAUAACAUUCAGAUACAUUAUUUUCAAAAUAGUCCACUUGCAAAUCUGUAGACAAUUAUUUCGGUGUUGUUUCGAUGCGUAGUAGUAAGACGACAUUCCGACAACAUUGCUUGAAAAUCGUAUAGCUAUACGUACUACCUAUACUUAUAAUAUAAUAUAUAAUAAUAUGACAUAUUUUGAUUUCGCUACACUGCGAACGAUUUAAUGCGUAGGUAGACAAAACCAUACUAAAAUAAUCGUAAAUCAAAUCUCAUCCGACCUAGUAUGACUGUACAACGGUUCACUAGUUCACUUAGCCAAAACGACAAAUCGUGGUUAAAGGAUUUCAAAAUUACCCAUGCAUUAGAUACGAAUUACUAUACAGAUGUAAAACUGUAAUCAAGUACUUAUUUGACUAUAAUAUACACUUGUAUAAAACUGGAUACUUACUCAAAAAUCAAAAAUGAGGUCGUCGAUUUUAAAUUAUCCGAUGGACACAAUAUUAUACGGUCUAGUAGCGGUAGGAGGUAUAGUUUUCGAAAUAUAUGUGAUUGUGCUUAAAAUAUACCUAAUUUUGAAUCCCGGUAAUCAACAUGGUCAUUUC